AUGGAAGAAGACACUACACCUGCGGAACGUGCUGCUCGUCGGAGCUCGAGGCAGCGAGCCGAAUACUAUGCAGAGCUGUCGGCGAGCUUGGAGGCCGAGAAUGCUCGCCUCGAAGAGGAAAUUAGGAUCGAGGACGAGAGCUUGAAGAGAUUGAGGCGCCCGCCACGCCCCCAAGUCCCCUUCUACCAGACGAGCUUCUUUAUUGCCGAGGACGGCUUCCUCCUGACCACCAGCAGUAUCUACCCUACCGCCGACCGGAACACGUGUAAGGCUACGCGUUUCGAUGGCAUCGGCCUCCACUGCGAACAUGUUCAGGAUUUUGAGACCUGCGGCACUUCGCUGUCGCUUUUGAUAGCUGAAGCCCCGUUCCCAAUCCCGUUUCUGGAGCCUGACAAGGAGUUUGAGGCGAUGGAUCCGAUGGUUUUCAUGCCCUACUGCGUGGGCAACAUUUUCUUUCCUACCCCUUUGGUCGUCCGUGGCCACGUCGGCGCUUUGGCGGACCCAAACAGCGAGCUCGCGUCACUGGAGCUAGCCCAACCAAACAGUCUGGACUACGCAAAGGACAUCCUGUUCACCGGCGGUCCCGUCUUGAGCCUGCGCCCCCAUCACUUUGUCGGCGUCGUCUCGAGUAUCGAGCACGAUAGCGUCGUUCGCUUCUGCCCCGUGCCUCGUUGCUCGUCCCUGUGGAAGGAAAUCAAGGUGAUGGACAAGUAUCGAGAAGGACACGAGACUCGACGUUGGGAGCGAGUGACGCCGCCACGCGAGCGCCCGGAUGAACACGAGUUUUGCUGCACGCUACUCUGA